AAAAAAAAAAGAACAGCUCACAUUGUACUGCUGCUACUCUAACUACAAAAAUUCAAAUUUCAAAAGAAUGGGGCAGCGCAAGGGAAAGGAACUGCUCUGAAACAAACGUUCCUCUCGCUGGGUCCCCUGUCCCCACUCCCCAGAACGGAAACUGCACUGCAUUUCUUCCCAAUCUCUGGCUUCGUGCCAGUCGCUUUCCCCGCCGGCCCCCAACCCGCCUUGGUUUAAACGGCGGGCCAACAUUGCGCUCCACUCUGGUGACCUGAGCCAUUGUGCUGCUGCCCUGGUGAAGGUUUCUGGGGUAGUGGAUGGGGCGCUCGGCGCUAGACGUGGUGGAGAUCAGCUCCGACGACGAGGAGGCGGAGGCGGAGGCGGAGGCGGAGACGAAGGACGGUUCAAGGCCCGGGAAGCUGGUCAUGCUGUGUCGCGCCUCGGAUGGAUGUUGGAGGUCUUCACCGAUGUCGUGGCGGUUCGUGGUGAGCCCGCGCCGCAGCCGCUGCCGCUGCCACCGCAGCAGAAGAAGGGCAAGCCCCGCGGCGUUCGUGCGGGCGGGGAUGGCGACGGCGGUGGCGGCGACGACGACGACGAUGACGACGAUGACUGCGUGGUUCUGGACGGCGACCCUGAUCGGCCGGUUGCCGUCGCAGGCCGGUUCCCGACGGGAGGUUGCGGCUCGGGCGAACUGGAGAUCGUUGCAGAGAAAGGACAGAUAGCAUGCAGGGACUUCCCUCACUCGCGCCAUUUAUGCUCUCAAUUCUCCUUCAACACUACUCCCCAUGUGAAGCAUUGUAGCAUGUGCUACUGUUUUGUCUGUGAUGCUCCAGCUCCAUGCAGGUAUUGGGGUAAUGGUCUCACGAUUGAUGAUCAUUGUCAUGCUACGGACAAGGAAACAAAGUGGAAAACACUGAGGCAAGCUUUCAAGUGCAAAAGCCUGACAGCAUCUCAUCCAGAGAAGCAACAGAAUGUUGUGUACCCAACAAUGUUGUCACCCAGGCAGCAGGAAUGUGAUGAAGAGUACACAUCUGAGGAUGAGGAAUAUUACGGGCCAGCUGCGGAGGGCACGCUGUACGUUGGGAACCUACGCCAUCACAUUGACGAUGAGUACCUUGCUCAGCUCUUCGAGAAUGUCGGAAUCGUUGAGUUCUCAGAGAUCCUUUACGACAGGGAAACAGGCCAGAGCCGUGGAUAUGGGUAUGUCACCAUGAGUACUGUUGAAGAGGCUGAGAUGGCUGUGAAUACAUUCCAUCGCAGAGAGCUGUAUGGCAAGCUUAUGACUGUGGAAAUGCGAUCUCCCCAUCAACAUAGGUCUCCUGUUAGGAUCUUCGUGGGCAAUCUGCCCUGUGAAGUGGAUGGCUCUAUGCUGAACCUGCUGUUCAGCGAGCAUGGCCAAGUGGUUGACACUAAAGUUGCCUACGGCUAUGUAAAAGGAGUUUGGCGCUCUCGGAGAUUCGGUUUCGUCACAAUGGCGACGAGAGAGGAAUCGGACGACGCGAUUUGUUACCUCCAUCGACGGAUUUGGAAGGGAUGUAAGCUGCGAGUGGAGGUUGCAAAAGGAGUGCCACGGCGAGGCUCUUAAGAGCGGGGGACUCACCGGUUCAGAUUUGAUUUAAUUAGUCCCUCCUUAAGCGAGGCUCUUAAUGUAGCUUUCUUGCCUGCCAUGCUUCUCUAGCUAGAUGAUGUGCUAAAAAAUUCAUGCCACGUCAAACUUCUUUAACUUUGAUCGAUUGUCGAUGUAUAAGAUGAUUGUGGAGAUUGAUCAAAUGAAGUACGAAUUA